AGAAGAAGGAACGCAGAAAGCAUAGGAAAUCCUCGGCACCGCAUACACCUGGGCAGAAGUGGGGUCAAGAUGCAGACGAGGGGGAUGAAGAGCAGGAGGCAGAGUUGGAAGAAGAGCCUGGGGAACGGGUGGAAGUAGAGCAGGAAGAGGAAAGCAAGGAAGAGAGAAAGAGGAGAAAGAGGGAGAAGAGGGAGCAGAGGCGGAAGGCGAGAGCAGGUGAGGGGGAAGACGGUGACGGCGAAGUCGAAGAGGCGGAAGUCAAACGACCUAAGAAGCGACGAAAACUAGACGCAGAAGAGGCUGAGGCAGUCGCUGAACCUCCCGAAGAAACCCCUCCUGCCCGCCGUUCACCGACUCCUCCAGCGGCACUCCCCUCCUUCCCCCUUCCUGCACUACCCAACGCUCCAUCAAAAAGAGACCUCGCGCUACAAGGCUUGGACGAGGCGCUCGUGGGCGCCGAGCUCGUUGAUCCGUCGACGACGCUUCCGCUCGGUGAGGACGACGAUGAUCAAACGGGGCUCAGCGAGAGGACAAAAAAGAGGUUAGGGGAGCUUGGGAUAACCGAGCUCUUUGCUGUGCAGACCGCCCUUCUACCGUUCCUGCUACCGCAGGAUCCGGCCAAGCGGGCACUGUAUAUGCCGUACGACCCGCCGCGAGACGUUUGCGUCUCCGCGCCUACGGGGAGCGGGAAGACCUUGGCGUAUGUCCUGCCUAUCGUGGAGAUUUUGUCCACACGGAUAGUGACGAGGCUCAGAGCUCUCGUUGUGUUACCGACGCGAGACCUGGUAACGCAGGUGCGCGAGACAUUCGAGGCGGUGGGUAAAGGCCGAGGAUUGAAGAUAGGCACUGCGACAGGGCAUCACUCUUUUGCGCAUGAGCAGUCCCAGCUCGUUGCGGACAAGUCGCUAGAGCUACAAGGCGGUUCUAGCAAGGUUGACAUACUGAUCUGCACCCCUGGGCGGCUCAUAGAUCACUUGCAUGGGACGCCUAAUUUCUCAUUGCAGCAUCUCCGUUUCCUGGUAGUCGACGAAGCCGACCGACUCCUCGCCCAGUCUUUCCAAGACUGGCUCGCCGAAGUCCUCGCCGCAGUCCGUCCCCCACCCAACCCCCUCCCACUUCCCGUCAUAUCGUCCGCGCUCCUUCCCUACCCCGACGCGCUCGCCCCGUCCUUCCUCCAUCCGCACAUCCCAACCGACUUGGACGAGACAAAAGAGCCCUCGUGCCAGAAGCUUCUGUUCUCGGCGACGCUGACAAGCGAUCCCGGGAAGCUCAAGGCGCUGGGGCUCAGAGAGGCGAAGUAUUUCGUCGUGCGAAGCGCGGAUGGGGAGCAGGAGGGCGUUGCGGAGGGUGUCGCGAUGGAGAAGUUCACGAUGCCCGCGACGCUGAGGGAACACAUGAUCGUGUGCGAGUCCGCGCUGAAGCCACUGAUGCUCCUGUACCUGAUCCAUCACCACGGCGUGAAAAACGCGCUGGUGUUUACCAAGAGCGCCGAGAGCACCGCGCGGCUGGUGCGGCUCGUCGAGUUCUUCGAGGACGCGUGGGCUAAGGGCCAGGGUGACCGGCGCGCGCGCAAGAUCGUUGCCAGAGCAUAUAGCAGCGACCUCCCGCCCGGCGAGCGGAGAGGGAUACUGGAGCAGUUCAGGAAGGGUGAGGUGGAUAUGCUCGUCGCGUCGGAUUUGAUCUCGAGAGGGAUCGAUAUUAGCUCGGUGAGCCAUGUGGUGAGCUACGACGUCCCGGUGGAUAUGCGGAAGUAUGUGCAUCGGGUGGGGAGGACGGCGAGGGCGGGAAGGGAGGGGGAUGCGUGGACUCUGGUUGAGGAGCAGGAGGCCCGGUAUUUCAAAUCGAUACUGAAAGCUGCAAACCACCUCGAACGAGUCAAGAGGAUGAGGGUUUCGGAGAAAGAUACGCAGGACCUUUCUCCGUUCUAUGAUACUGCGCUUGCGCGCCUGCGCGAGGUAUUUUCUCGGGCAUCAUAGCCAAUCAGCCGCCGGUACGAUGCGUCGGAGUCGGAUCGAAAUGCAUGCGAUUGGGUUGGUCGAUGCCGCCGGCUAUCCGCGCCCUCAGAUACCGAUCUCACUUCCCCACCUCUUGGUUCCGUGCAACGAUGGGUGAUCGGGUGGGAGUGCGUUGCUGUAACAUCCUCCUGCC